GGCGCAGACCCGGACCGCGGCCGCCGGAACCAGGCCUCCGGGGCGCGCGGCGGAAAGAAAACGCAACGGACCAACUUCCGGUCCUUUCGCGCGGCUCGGCCCCACACCCGCACCGCCGCACUCUGGUUCCGCCCUCCUGCCGGACUGCCGGAGUGCUGCCGGCGCCCCGGAACCCGACGGGGCUCUGCUGGCUUCGAACCUGGAGCCAUGUUAUUCUGAAAAUGAGUUUGGUGCUUAGGAAUCUGCAACGAGCUGUCCCCAUCAGGAGAGCGCCUCUUCGCAAGAAGAUGGAGAUUGUGAGGAGUAUAUUGGGGGUGCAGAAAUUCGACCUGGCCAUCAUCUGUGUUGACAACAAGAGUAUCCAGCACAUUAAUAGAAUCUACAGAGAGAAAAAUCUGCCAACAGAUGUGCUUUCCUUUCCAUUUCAUGAGAAUGUGAAAGCAGGUGAACUUCCCCAGCCUGAUUUUCCAGACGACUACAAUCUGGGUGACAUUUUCCUAGGAGUGGAGUACAUCUUCCAGCAGUGCCAAGGGAAUGAGGAUUACUACGACAUCCUGACCGUGACUGCCACCCAUGGACUCUGUCAUCUGCUGGGCUUCACACACAGCACACAGGCUGAGUGGCAGAAGGUAGGAGCUGUCCGCUGGUCCUCCGGCUUGCACAAGAGGGUGCACCAAGGACCGGACUGCCCAAGCCGCCUCUGGCAGUCAAAUGUACCUGAAGGAGAAGCAGGUUCUUGAGGAGCUGAGCCGGCGCACUGGGACCAGGCUCCAGCCCCUAAGCAGGGGCCUCUUCUGACACGGCCGGAGGCGCAAGACGUGAGUGGCCCCUGAGGGACCCCAGCGCCCAGCGACACCAUGCGGAGGGCCCUGAGGAUCAGGGACACCCCCAAACUGAGAGCCCUGCUGGUCACCUCCGCCCUGUGGGGUGCAAAAGUGACAAAGUCUGAAAAGCAAUGUCCAUUCGUGUCUUCAUUUGGAACCCAGCAGACGUGUUAUUUUCAUACCGCAGAGAAAAUAGUUCUAAACUCCUAGAAUGGAGAGCGGGAGCGCGGGGCUCCGUCCGCCUUGGGGUUCUGCCUUCGGCGAGAGGCUGCCUGUGCAGCUCCGGGAAAGCCCACCCGGGCUGCCCUUCACCCUCCUUCCUGCGGGAACCGUGUCGAAUCCGGUCCCCACUUACCCCUCAAGAGUGCUGUGGCCCGCCACCUUUCUGAGGGGAGACACAAGGCUGAGCCUUAGGGUGGCCGCAAAGCCCAGGACACCCGCAGCGGACAUCUCCGGCCCCGCCCUCGCCCGAGGCGGCGCAGCCCCGGCUCCAGGCAGGGCUCCGAGCUGUGCCCGUGGACUCUGCCUCAGGCCUCUUUCCCGAGGCCUACAUUCCAUGUCUUUCCUGUGUUUCCUGCCUUAUCCUCUGAAUAUUAUAACCCGGGAGGCGGCACAGACCAUUCAGAGCUGUUCACGGGCCCGGGGCAUCAUGGGAGCAGACCAUGCAGGCCCGCCGAGCCAGCCUCCGGCCGCCAUCCAGCAGUGCAGACAACGGCACAGGGAACGAUGCCGAGGCCGUGGCAAUAAAACAACCUUUCAGAAACUCUUCUUGGUCCCCAAACCAGGGCUACCUCAAGUCUGAGAAUUUGGUUUCUCCCAUGAAUCCAUUUCAAAAACAUGAAAGUGCAUUUCCCACUGGA